CCCAGAGAAAAUUUGGUAUCGACAGCUGUGAAAUUUCUUCAAAAUCCAAAAGUUCAAAACAGUCCACUAACUCAAAGACAGUUGUUCUUGGAGAAGAAAGGGUUAACGAAAGAAGAAAUAGAACUGGCAAUAGAGCGUUCAGGAGUUUCUACACAACAAAAUGAUUCUGUGCCUAAUCAGACGUCCCAAAUUCUUUCAAAUUAUCCCAGCCAGCAGAUGCAACCGGUACCCAUGACCAGAUGGGAAAGAGUGAGAUCGUAUACAUCUACAGCAUUAAUACUAGCAGGGGUUGCUUACGCUGGUUAUCACUUAUAUAAGACUUAUAUCAGACCUCUGUUAUAUCAGACCCAGGAAAAUAAUAAGAGAUUGACAGACUUGGAAGCUAAAAUACAGGAAGUUCAGUCAGAAACCAAUGAGUCAAUGAAACAGAUACAAGAAUCAUUAAAAUCUAUACAGUUUGUUAUCACACAGCAACAAAUAGCUAACUCUAGUCAGACCACAGUUAAACAACAUGAUUUAAAUACUAUUAAUGAAAUUAAAACUGAGAUCCAAUCAUUGAAAGGUCUACUAUUAAACAGACGCCAGUUUCCACCAGUGCCAUCAACAUCCCCAGUAUUACCUUCCUGGCAACUAACACCCAGUUCGUCCAAUACCUCA